AUGCUUUCGUUUUGCCCAUUAUGCAAUAACAUGUUGUUGGUAUCAAAAGCUGAUUCAGGUCUGUAUAAACUAGCAUGCGGAUCAUGCCCAUACCAGUUUUUAAUUGAUGGGAUAGAGGUAUACGAUAGAAAGAACCUCCCUAGGAAAGAAGUUGAUGAUGUCUUAGGUGGAGAAGGUGCAUGGGAUAAUGUUGACCAGACAGCAGCACAAUGUCCGAACCAUGACCAAUGUGCGGGUGAAAGAGCUUACUUCUUCCAGUUGCAAAUCAGAUCUGCAGAUGAACCUAUGACAACUUUCUACAAAUGUGUUAACUGUGGUCAUAAAUGGAGAGAGAACUAG